GUAUGAGGAUGUUGAAGAAGCAGAUGUAACAACAAUGACAACACAGAGCUCUCCUUCGCAUGACAAGAAGGUAGAAGCUGAGGAGGAGCAUCUUGAGGUAACCGCGUCUGAUUCUUCAGAUGAACUCAAACCCGCUGAGUCUGAAGAAUCUGAAAGUGACUCACAAAGUGAACCUGAGAAGGACACACUGAAUAGACCACAGCCUGCACAUUCAUCCUUAUUUCCUGUGCUAAACGAGGCCCAGGUAGCAGAAGAGCCAACAAUCGAAUAUGAGAAUAAGGUGGAUGGCCCUGUGCUGGACUUUGCUGUGCAAAGGUCACGAAUUGCUGUUAAGAACCCUCGUGUAAGGCCACCUAAAAAUCCCCGCUCCCUGCUUCAUAUGCCCUCGGAGGAACCCACACCCACACCUACACCAUCUUCACGUUUGCCGGUCAAACUCCCUGGAGGUGUGCCUUUAGGAGGCAUAGGUAUUGGAAUAAAACUCCCUGGGCUCGGUGCUGGAUUUCCUGUUUUAAAAAAGACACAGCGGGCAGUGAGAGACGAAAAUACCCAGGAAACAGUGUCACAGGAACCUGAAACAAAGCCAGAGGAGAAGAACGACGCUCCCCCACAGGAGGAGGAGGAGGCACCGAAGAAGCCUAAAUGGAUGCCACCAAAACAUCCCGGAGGAUUUGGAAAUCCCCUGAUGGCAGAGCUAAAGACCAAACUGAAGAAAACACCAAAGGAGUGAGAAGCUCAAUGGCUGUGUGCAAAUACCUGAAUGUAAUAAACAUAUGGUUUUAAUUUUGUGUACUGAGAAAUUGUUCUUUAUGUCCCCUACUUGUUCAAUGUAAUUUGUAAAAUAAAGAUAAACUUUCUU